AGUUGCUCGCUGCUCUCCUUCGCGUCAUUUGUUUUGCGACCAGCUGCUAAAGGAGCCUCGACUAAUAGCUGCCCUGCAGUUCGCCUGAACACAGCUGUGCCUGAGGAAACGCUUCCACACCGAACCAUGUCAUGUUUCGUAGGAGAUAUAAACUUCUGUCCUGAAUGUGGUAAUAUCCUCCCAAUCCCUCAGUUUCAGGACGUCAUUACGUGUCCUCGGUGCUCGUUCAAAAUCCCCAUCCACGAAUUUAAUGGGCAGGUUAUCAAGUCAUCAGUGGUGUUUAAUCCUCUGGUGCAGAGUUCCUCUGCUAUAGACAGUGAAGAGGACUCUGAACUAAAAGGCCCUGUGGUUGACAGGAAGUGUUCACGCUGCAAUAAAGAGGGAAUGGUCUACCACACGAGACAGAUGAGAUCAGCAGAUGAAGGCCAGACCGUGUUCUUCACGUGUAUACAUUGCAGGCACCAAGAGAAGGAGGAUUCGUGAGAGAUGUUGAUGUUGCCAGUUUUUUUUUUUUAACCAUUGGUCAGCGAAAUCAAACCAGCAUUGUGAAGAGUGUACUUGAUCUGCACCAGGUGUACCAGGUGUACUGGUAAAAAUUGCUUAGAGGGAAAAUCCAGCUGGAUAUACGCACUGGGAGAUUUUUUUUGCAGUGCACAACAACUUGUUACUAGAAAAAUGUUUUAUAACAAUAAAAUAAUGUAAGAAUUACA